AUGAAUACUACACUAUCUGAUAUUGGCAAUUCUGGUGCAAUUGAACAGAACCUGCCGCAUUAUGUCAUUUGUGCUUCUGGCAGAGUUGGCAAUGCUAGAGGAAGAGAUCAGGUGCUUGAGAGAAAGAUUGAGGACUUAAAGGUGUGGAACAGGCAUCAAGCUGAGAAAUUGUCCAUUAUUUCAGACAGUAAGAUCCCGAUGUCAUCCUCAAAAGUUUUUGUUGGAGGACUUUCAUAUAGCACGGAUGAUCAAAGUCUGAGAGAAGUAUUUAUUAGUUUUGUUGAACUGGUUGAAGCUCGAGUUAUCAUGGACAGAGAAACUGGGCGGUCCAGGGGCUUUGGAUUUGUGACAUUUACUUCUAGUGAAGAAGCCUCUAUUGUCAUUAGUGGCAUGGAUGGAAUGGAUGUUCAUAGCCGGAUGGUUAGAGUUAAUUAUACUACUGAUCGAACAGGUGGAUUUCGUGAUGGUGGUGAUUAUGGUGGCAGGGGUGGUGCUUCUGGAGGUUGCUAUGGUGGUUAUGGUGGUGUUGCUCUUACCUAA